AUGGUGCUGCAGACUGUCGCAGAGGAGCAUAGAGCCAAGGACUUAAAGGAACUAGAUCUAGACAGAGACAGUCUUCCCUUGGAAAGAGCCCUGGGUUUGCAGUGGUGCAUCAAGAGUGACGCCUUCCAGUUUAAGAUGAUGGUGAAAGGAAAACCUCACACUCGACGUGGCAUGCUUUCUCUGCUCAGUUCAGUUUAUGACCUUUUGGGGUUCAUUGCACCAAUCACUCUACCAGGCAAAGUGUUGCUGCAGGAGCUAUGCAGGAGAAGCUUUGGGUGGAAUGACAAUUUACCAAGUGACAUACAGCAACACUGGACAAAGUGGCUGGAGGAGCUUGUCAAGCUUGCAGAGUUUAAGAUCGGGAGGUGCAUUAAGCCAAAGCAUUUUGGACUGCUUGUACAUGCUCGUAUGCAUCACUUUUCCGAUGCAAGUGAAUGCGGAUAUGGUGUUGUCAGUUAUGUGAGGAUGGAGAACUGUCAGCAUGAUGUUCAUGUCGCCUUCCUGCUCGGCAAAGCAAGAGUGACACCAUUAAAGCAGGUCACUAUUCCACUUUUGGAGCUUACAGCGGCAGUUCUUGCUGUUCGAGUGGACAGGAUGUUGAGAGCAGAGCUGCAGCUACAGUUGGAAGAUUCAGUCUUCUGGACAGACAGCACCUCCGUCCUGAAAUAUAUAAAAAAUGAGGACAAACGAUUUCAUACCUUUGUGGGAAACAGAGUUUCAACUAUCAGGGAUGCCACCAAUGUGUCACAGUGGAGAUAUGUCAGUUCUAAAAUGAAUCCAGCUGACGAUGCAUCCAGAGGUAUGAAGGUUGACGCACUGCUGACUGGCAGCAGUUGGGUGGAAGGGCCCAACUUCCUAUGGAAGUCAGAGGAGCAUUGGCCAGAAUGUGUCGUGGAGAUGGCCAUUUCAUUGGAUGACCCAGAAGUGAAAAGAGACUUCAUUGUGAGUGCAGUAAUUGUGAAAGACUCACCCAGUGCUACUGACCAACUACUCACUUAUUUUUCAAGCUGGCAGAGGCUUAAGGUCUCAGUUGCAUGGUUCCUCAAGGUGAAGAGAGCUCUGUUAAAGUUGCGCCAAGUAAGAAAGGAGCUGACUUCUGACCCAAACAAUCAAUCCACACACGUGCAGUUGGAGAUGAAGAGGGUCAGAAAGACACUUGGGGUGCAGAGUGUUUCUUCAGACGACCUACUGAAGACAGAGGUUUCCAUCAUUAAGUAUGCUCAACAGCAGCGGUUUAAGGAGGAAAUUGACACACUCGUGUCUGGAAAGUCAUCAGUCAGAAAGAAAAGUUCGGUGUACAAACUGGAUCCACGCUUGGAAGAUGGCCUGCUGAGUUGGAGGACGGCUGAGUAG